UUCGGACUUAAAAAAUCAUUGAACAAACAAAAAAAUUCAAAAUUGUAUCUACGGAUCUAAGGAGUACCGAACAUGAUACUUCUGCGGGCCUGUGCCCGCCUUCCCAAGGCACCGAUGUAUGUCUGUGGGCGGCAGCUGGGUGCGGUUGAUCUUUGCGGUUUGAGCUGUCGGCGUGGUCUGAAGGUCACCGUCGUGGGGGCGUCUGGUGGGAUUGGCCAGCCUCUGGCCCUCCUGCUAAAGUCCCACCCGGAUAUCGAUAUCCUGGCCCUACAUGACCUCCGUCACACGGCCGGAGUGACGGCGGAUCUCUCGCACAUCUGCACCAAAUCAGUGGUUAAAGCCUAUGAGGGGCCAAAGAACCUCAAGGCAGCCAUGAAGGAUGCUGACAUUGUGGUCGUUCCGGCAGGACUGCCACGCAAGCCUGGCAUGGCACGGAGCGACCUCAUUGGCGUUAAUGCUUCAGUGGCAGCGGAUGUGGCCAUCGCAGCAAGUGAAGUCUGCCCCGGAACCCUAUUGGCCUAUAUUACCAACCCGGUCAAUACAAUCGUCCCCAUUGCUGCAACCAUCCUGAGGGCCAAGGGCACCUACGAUCCCAAACGCCUGUUUGGAAUAACCACCCUCGACUGUGUCCGAGCCAAGGCCUUUCUGGGAGAGGCCAUGAACGUGAAUCCACAGUGCGUGGAAAUACCGGUGAUCGGUGGACACACAGGCACCACAAUCCUGCCCAUCAUCUCUCAGUGCAAGCCGGAGUUCAAGGGCGACGAAACGGAGCGUCUGGCAUUAAUCUACCGGAUCCAGCAGGCGGGCACUGAAGUGGUGGAGGCAAAGGCCGGUGCGGGAUCGGCCACCCUCUCAAUGGCGUUUGCCGCCAACCAGUUUGUUUGCUCCUUGAUCAAGGGUGUCAUGGGCAAGGGCGAUGAGGACAUUGAGGAGUACGCCUAUGUCGAAUCGGACGUCACAAAAGUAGAGUUCUUUGCCACUCGCCUCAAGCUGGGACCGCAGGGCAUCAAGGAUAACCUCGGCCUGCCGGAAAUGAACGAGGAGGAGGAAGCGGCACUAAAGUGCUGUUUGCCCGAGCUCAAAAGUAACAUCGAUCUGGGGUACGAGUUGGGCGAAGAGUUCAAAAAUAAAGAAGUCAAAUGA